AUGGCAACUGCAGCCCUGCAGAUGAAAUCGCAGGUCCAGCAACAUUACUCUUCUGAGGUUUCCUCUUCCAGCUCAGUGCAGCAUAUGACUCAGACAACCAAAAUCACAGAAGAGGAAAUGGUUUCCAAGAAAUCCUCUUCUUCUGUAGCGUCCUUCAGCAUGGUUUCUCAUUCUGUGGAAAUCCCUGCCGGAGAAAGCAUUCCUGAAUUUACAGAGAAACCUCAGCCACUGACAGCUCCCGAAGGAGAUAAGGCUAUAUUCCGAGCCAAAGUGAUAGGUAACCCCAAGCCCCAUGUUACGUGGAAAAGAGAAAGUGGGAUGCCGUUCAAAGAGGGAUCAAAAGUAUUUUUCGACAGCAUCAAUAAAGAAUACGUCCUCAAGUUAGAAAACCUCACAAGUGCUGAUGCUGAUCUUUAUAAGUGUGUGGUUUCCAACAAGCAUGCUGACAUUAUCUAUACGGUGUCCCUGAUUAUAACUGAAGGCCAAGAAAAGUUGGAUUUCAAAAAAAUGCUGAAAAAGAGGGGGCUUCCUACUCCAAAGAAGGAGAAAAAAAUGAUUGAUGAAAAGGAAAUGCUGGAGAUCCUCUCCAAGGUGCCUAAGAAAGACUUUGAGAGGGUCUGCAUGGAGUAUGGUUUCACCGAUUUUCGAGGACUUCUUAAAAAGCUGAAGGAGAUGAAGAAAAAAGAAGUUGAGACUAUAAAGAUUCUAAAACCCUUGGAAGAUGUUUCUGCUAAAGUGGACUCUACAGCGAUAUUUGAUUGUAUUCUGGAACUCAGGGAUGCCAAUCUAAAGAUGAUGUGGUUAAAAGGUGACGAACCCCUGCGUCUUCAAUAUUCUUUAGGAAAAUAUGAGACAAAACAGAUAGGCACUAAGUUUUUGCUGUACAUCUCUAACGUCAACGAAAGUGACAUAGGUGCCUACUCUUUUGUCAUAAAAGAUAAAGUUCUCUCUGCAAAUUUGUAUGUAAUUGAUGAGCCUCUGGAAUUUUUGUCAGAUCUGAAACCCCUGAAAGUAAACGAAAGGCAAACUGCUGUGCUUGAGAUCCGGCUUUCCAAAAAGGUCUCCAACUUUGUUUGGAAACUGAAUGGAAAAGAGUUGAAGCGGGAUGACAAGUACGAGAUCAUCACCUCUGAAGAUGGCUUGACACACACUCUGAAAAUUAAAGAUUGCCGCCCGAGUGACAUGGGGAAGGUCAGCUUUGAAGGUGGAGGCCUGUUGACAGAAACUGAGCUUUUCAUUCAGAGAACACCAAUUAAGUUUGUCCGAAACCUGAAGAACGUCCGAGUCAAGGAGAAAAGCAAAGCUUGCCUGGAAUGUGAGCUGACCAGUAAAGAUGUGACGUUGAAAUGGAUGAAGAAUGGGAAGGUGAUUGAAAGAUCUCCCAAAUUUACCAUGACCCGUGAAGGGAAGAUGGCAGAAUUGAUCAUAGAUGAUGCCGAGCUAAGUGACUCAGGAGAAUAUAUGGUAAUUGCCACACAAGAAGGUGAUCCUACAGAAUACUACAGCAAUUGUAAUGUAACUGUGGAAGAGAGAUUUGCUACAGUCAAGAGUGGCUUAUCAGAUGUCCAGGCAGCUACAGGAGACCCGGCGGAGCUCUGUGUAGUCCUGAAUGAUGAGAGAGUGGAAGGUGUGUGGCUGAAGGAUGGCAAAGAGAUCACAGAUAUGAGAGGAAUCCAGAUUGUCAAGCAAGGAGCUGUGCACAAAUUGAUCAUUGACAAGAUGGGUGAGGAAUUUGAAGGGAAGUAUACUUUCAGAGCAAAAGGAGCAGAAAGCGAGGCUACCGUCAGCAUUGCAGACCCUCCAUUUAUUGACCCUUCUCUCCUGGAAGCUUUGGCUGCCCAUCCAGUGACUGUGAAGGCGGGACAGACAGCUUUCAUUAAAGUACCCUUCAAGGCCAAGCCUUUGCCCAAAGUCACCUGGUUUAAAGAUGGCAUUGAGGUGACUGAAGAAGAGAGAGUCACCAUGGAGAGGUCCCAAGAUCAGGCCAUGCUCACCAUAACAAACUGUGUGAGAGAAGACACGGGAAGCAUCAUGUUGAAGCUGAAAAGUGACUGUGGAUUAGCCACUGCUCAAUUAUUCCUUAAUGUUAUUGACAAACCGAAACCACCCCAAGGAAAAGUGGAAUUCUUGGAGGCAUCAGGGAAGUGUAUCAAAAUGAAAUGGAAGGCCCCAAAGGACAAUGGAGGCAAGCAAGUGACCCACUUUAUUAUAGAACGGAAAAUAGUUGGGAAAAAAUCCUGGAUCAAAGUUGGGGAAAUUGAAAGCAAGCAUACCACGUUUGCCACGGAUAAGGUGGAAGAAGGGAAAGCCUACCAGUUCCGAAUCCUGGCUGUGAAUUCUGAAGGUGCAAGUGAACCCCUAGAAACAGACGAAGUUUCUGCCGGGAAUCCAAUUGAUCCUCCAGGACAAGCGUCUCAACCUCAAGUUACAGAUGUUUCCAAAGAGGCUAUUACCAUUACUUGGAAUCCUCCAGCUAACGACGGUGGUUCUCCGGUUACAGGUUACAUUGUGGAAAGAAGGAAGAAAGGUAGCAACCUUUGGGUGCCUAUAUCCAAGGAACCAAUUCAAGAUACUAAGUGUACAGUGGAUGGUUUACUGGAAGGUGCAGAAUAUGAGUUCCAUGUCAUAGCAGUGAACCGAGCAGGGCCUGGCCAUCCCAGCAGUGCUUCCAACGCAGUUGUAGCAAAAGAUCCCAUCAAGCCUCCUGGACUGGUGAAGGGAUUGCACGUGGCUGAUUCUUCCCAAUCCAGCAUUUCGUUGGCAUGGCAAGCACCUGAUGAGGGUGAUCCACCUUCAGGGUACAUACUGGAGAUGCGACCUGAGGACACCAAGGAAUGGUCCAAGUGUACCAAGAUCCCAAUUUCUGGCAAAAGUUACACAGUGGGAGGUCUACAGGAGAAGCAGAAGUAUUUCUUCCGCAUCCGAGCUGUCAAUGAAGCUGGAGUGGGAGAACCAAUUGAGCUGAAAGAAGGUGUUCUGGCCAUGCCCCCUCCAGCUGCUCCAAAGUUUGAUCUGACUGUCAGACUAAAGAAUCAUAUGGUGGUUCGUGCUGGGACUGCCCUCUGUAUUCAUGCUUGCUUUACUGGCUCUCCUCCUCCCAAUGUUGUGUGGCAAAAAGAGGGGGUUCCCACAAAGGGGAGAGAAAGCAUUACAAAAGGCAAGCAUCACUCCCAGUUCCUCAUCCAUAGCACCAAACGCUAUGAUUCUGGACUCUAUCGGAUCGUGCUGAGUAAUGACUCUGGAGAGGCCCACUACGACAUCCAUGUCCGAGUGACAGACUUCCCAAUGCCACCAACUAAUCUGAACCUCUACGAAGAAGUGCCAAACACUGUAACACUCAAGUGGGACCAUUCUCCAGAUGUGAAGGAGGAUGACAAUGCCCAUUACGUCAUUCUAAAGCGUGACACCAGCACUGCCACUUGGUUCACCGCAGCAGAAAAAGUGUACAGCAACAAGUAUACUGUCACUGCUCUGCUUCCUGGCAGGAAAUAUUUUUUCCGAGUGAUCGCCCGCAAUGAUAUUGGUGACAGUGAUCCUUUGGAUUCAAAAGAUUCCUGGCAUAUCGAUAAAGAUAUAGAACUUUUCCAUGUCAAGAUGAAGGAGUACCAUGAGCGGGACUGGAGCCAUGCUCCCCAUUUUAUAACUCCACUGAAGAACCACCUAGUGUGGCGAGGUCAUGACUGUACCAUGAGCUGUGCUUUCUUAGGAAACCCCCGCCCAGUGGUUACGUUGUACAAGGGCGAUAUCAAUAUCACAGCCCAUUCCAAAUUCUGGUACAAUUCAACCAGUGGUGUCUGUACACUGAUGAUUCCCACAUGCACUGCCAAGGAUAGCGGCGAGUACUCCAUACUAAUUGAGAAUGAGCUUGGGAAAGAAAAAUGCAGUUGUACCUUGACAGUAUAUGAAAAAGAUGAUAGAAGCAUUUUGGAUACAGUUAUUGGCAGCCUGCAGAAAUCAAAGCAUCUCAUGUGAACCAGAUACUGUACCAAACAUAUAUUUCAAGUAUGGUUCAGCAUCAUUCAGACUGUUUUGGGUUGUGCAUGGCUUGAGCUCUUUGGAACUGUAUAAUUAUUAGUAGUCUUGUAAUGCAAAUAAGAUGCUGUAGUCAAGCUGUCAUUGGGACAAUGGAUUUCCCAUCAGAAGAUUAAGAAGAUGUAGAUUAUUCUAGUUGUAAUUAGAAUCAGAAUCAGAAUAGAGCUGAUUCUGAAGGGAUCUUGGAGGUCUUCUAGUCCACUCCCCUGCUCAAGCAGGAGAUCCUACACCUGGAAUUUAUUAUGUAAUUUAAUAAUACCUGGCUUUUAUUUAGUAUUUAUUUAGCAGAAAAAUUUAAAAUGAGACAAAUAUACUUUUGUGCCUUCAUUCUAUUUCUUUUCUCAUUUACCUAAAUCCUGGAACCUGCCAUUCAUUUCCCUGCUGGAAGCUUGCAUCAUCUUCUUAGAUAAUGCUACUGUACACAAACACACAAACCAAAAAUCUAUCACUUUGCUAACAAUAUUUUGCAAUUAUCUAAUGGAAUAGAACAGGGCUGUCAAACUUGAUUUCAUUGAGGGUCUGCAUCAGGGUUGUGUUUGACCUCGGGGGGUGGGGUGGGGGGGGGCAGGGUGUGUGUGGCCAGUUCAACAUCAUUCCUGUCGGGGGGCACCUAUGGUAGCCCAAGUACUCUGCCAGUGAAAAUGGGCCUCCGAGCUCCGUUUCCGGCUGCCAAGGCCUCCUGCAAACCCUCUGCCAGUGAAAACGGAGCUCAGGAGGGCAUCACAUGGUAGAGGAUUGCAGCUGGAAACGGAGCUCGGGAGCCCAUUUUCGCUGGCAGACGCACCGCAGGCCAGUCCUUUGCUGUUUCCAGGGCAGCCCCACGGGCCAGAUCUAAGUACCGCGGGGGAUGUAUCUGGCCCCUGGGUCUUGAGUUUGUCACCGCUGGAAUAGAAGAAUGAUCAUUUCAACUGUACCUAAUCAGAAUUUCAGUGUAAAAUUGGUAAAGCACACAUAGCAAAAAAUGCUUAAGAGCUUAUCCAGUUGGAAGUAGGACAUUUAGGUUGAAGUGCCUUUUGGAAUUAUCCUCAAAGUAUCAACUGCCAACAUGCUUUUGUUAUGGGUCUUUUCUUAUUAUGGAAAGGUGCUAUAUUUAUUUAAGCAAGUGACAUAAUGUAUAUUUAAUCUAUAAACCCAAUAUCUUAAAUGUGACCAAUAUUGAAUCCUUUAUUGCCAUUAUUACAACAAUAGUAUAAAAAUGUGGCAGCAGUCAACCAGAAAGCUAACAUAAUAAUAAAACAUUUCAACUUCAGGACUGCAGAAAAGUUCAAUUAAUGGAAACUUGCUACCAUGAGUAAAAAUUAGGCUAGAAACAACACCAGAAUAUUUCCUUCCUGCCUUCCUUAUAGGAUUAGCCCUGUAAAGUGGAGAAAACCAAAAUAAGAUUUCUUCCAACAACAGGUUCUCUGAACUGCCUAGAAAGUUAACAACCAGUUCUCCCGUAUAGGUGUGAACUGGCUGAAUCCCACCACUGCCUCUACAUAACUGGGGAAAUGUAACAGCCAAACCUAGAACUUGUGAGUCAGGCAUUAGACCUUUUGUAUCCAGCAGAGAGUUUAUAAUUGCAGCCUUUCUAAUAAUUUCCUGUUCUCAACAGUGAGUAAAACCAAUUUUUAAUCUCAUACAGGAAAAUAAACAUUUUGAUUGGCAGGAAUCUCCUUAUGGUUCUUUUUUAUUUUUGGGCAUCCAAGCGAACUAUAAACAAAUUGUAGCAUAAAUAACAAAUACUUUGGCCACCUAAUGAGAAGGAAGGACUCACUGGAGAAGAGCCUAAUGCUGGGAAAGAUUGAGGGCACAAGAAGAAGGUGACAGCAGAGAACGAGGUGGCUGGAUGGAGUCACUGAAGCAGUAGGCAUGAGUUUAAAUGGACUCCAGAGGAUGGUAGAGGACAGGAAGGCCUGGAGGAACAUUGUCCAUGGGGUCAUGAUGGGUCGGACACAACUUCGCAACUAACAACAAUAGCAAAGCAUAAAUAAAUUACAGUUAAGACAAUUUCAACAUGCUAAAGCUUCACAGAAAAAUCUGAUUUCUGCUUAAAAUAUUCCAGGGCAGACUAUCCCGUCCCAGAGUCCAUUCCUACUGUUAUGAAUUUCUCAGAAAUAGGUUCACAAAUUGUGUUAUUUCAAAAGGGCUGUGAAAAGGUUGGUUUUGGUGAGAGAUAUAAUAUAGGAAUGUAGUCAUUGUGGUUUGUAAGCCACCAUUAAGGGCAUAACCAAAAGUAUGCCCCCCACCCAAUUAUAGCUUAUUCAAUAAAAUUAUAACUUUAAAAAAUCCAUCAAUUAGAGUGUGUGCGUGUGCGCGCGCAUAGGAAUGACAAGAAAAAUGCAAAGGCAGAAACAAAAAUGAAAAGACAGAAAAUCCCUCUCAAAACAGAACUAAAAGUUCAAAUCUUAAAGUAAACCUUGGCAGCAGAGAAUAAUGUGACUAGACAUUCCAUUUUGUCAGUAAAGGCCCGUUCAUACCUAGAAACUGAACACAUGUCUUCUCUCUAGGGUUUUAAAUCAUGUGUAAUAGUUUUCUCCAGAAUAAAACAAUAUUUUUAGCUAUAGCUCAUGCACAGUAAAUCAAGCUCUUUGUUUUUUGAUAGGUUCAAUGUUCUUAGAAUAUAAUUCGAUAUCACAUUCUUUAACCCUUAUUUCUUUUACCAAUCUUAAGAAUGAAUCAAAUGAUGCCACCAUAGGACAUAGAGAAAAUACUUGGCUUAGUGUCCACUCCAAAACAUUACACUUUCAACUUAAACCUUGCACAUAUCCUAUGGAAAAGGUAAAGGCUUCCCUCGCACAUAUGUGCUAGUCGUUCCUGACUCUAGGGGGCGGUGCUCAUCUCCAUUUCAAAGCCAAAGAGCCAGCGCUGUCUGAAGAUGCCUCCGUGGUCAUGUGGCUAACAUGACUAAAUGCCAAAGGUGCAUGGAACGCUGUUACCUUCCCACCAAAGGGGGUCCCUAUUUUUCUACUUGCAUUUUUACGUGCUUUCAAACUGCUAGGUUGGCAGAAGCUGGGACAAGUAAUGGGAGCUCACCCCGUUACCCAGCACUAGGGAUCCAAACCGCUGAACUGCUGACCUUCUGAUCGACAAGCUCAGCGUUGUAGCCACUGAGCCACUGUGUCCCUAGAUAACAUAUCCUAUAGCAUGCCCAAUAAACAAACCAACUGUUGCAUUAAUUACAUCUUAAAAUAAUGAGACACUAAUGUGAUGUUCCCAAAACUCCAACUCACUAGUUUAUUAGAAUAGGACCUUCCAAACCAGUCUCAGUGUUAGGACACCUUAUGCUUCCCUUUGUUUAUCUAUUCAUUCCAUAUAUCUCUCUGAACCAACAGAAUAUAAAAUGUAAAUACAUUUUCUGCCUGGCAUCCUAAUAAAUUAUGCUGUCAUUCCUUAAUCUACUCCUCACCAGGAUAAGUAUAGUUACAGUAGCUUUCCACACUUCCUUAAAAUAUAUGUCUGCAUGAAAGAUGGACUUCCCCUGCUUUGUUUUAUCAAGAAUUACCAAAUAAUGCACCACACAUGCUCCUUUUGCCUAGUUUUUACUUUAUUUAUGUUAUAUACAGUAUUUUAUACUGAAAAUUUAUAUAUAUACAUAUAUAUACAUAUAUAUACAACCACAUAUACAUUGUACAUGCACAAAUGUACCCACAACCGAGCAUUCUUGAAACUGAAAAUUAAAAGAAAUUAAACUAAGGACAAAAGAAAAUUUUGCAUUGCAUUUGCUUCUGAGUUGAUCCUAACGUAAGUAUCUAUACAGUUAUUAUCCACAGAUAUCCAUUUACAUGGAUUUUUAAAGAAAGAAUUGCUAGGAAUCUAACAGGAUUUAUCCUGGUUUUGUAUAGUGGUGAAAUCAUUGUUGAUUAGGGAGAAAAAGAAUAAUUUGUAAUACAGUAGAUGUUUUCUGAAUCCGACUCAUAUCACACAAUAUUAAAUGGAAACCAGCAUUCAAUUUGGAGAGUUGCUGACUAUUAAACACCAUAUAAUAACCUCCAAUAAAUACUAAAGGGAAAAAAAUGGUAUUAGUUUUUUUAUGCAAAUCUCUUAAUUAUUUACUAAGUUGUCCCUCAUUAUUUCAUUUUACUCCAGGACUGCUUUUGCAUUGUAACAGAGUUCCCCCCAUAUCCACAAACCAUUGAAACGUCUAAAAGAAAAGAAUCAUUAUUGAGGGUUCUGCAUGAUAUCUCCAGACAGAAUUUCCCAAAACUUCGAAUUCUCUUACACUUCAUGCUUUCUUGUGCAUCAGCAAUCAUCUCUUCAGGAGUCUAACUCCUGAAUCUAUGGUUCACUAAUGGGUUCAUAAACAUCUUUCAGUUCAAAUUCAAUAGUGCCUUAACAUUUCAUGUCUGAAACCAGCAGGAAAAGGAGGGAUUACGUUAGGAAGACCCUCACAUCUCUUCCCUUUUUUUCACGAUCAUAGUAAUAAUGCCAUUCUGAUAGCUGCAGCAUUAACUAUACA